AUGGGCAUGGGGAAGAGAAAUACAAUCUACUUGGUUUCCUCCUCCGAUGAUGAAGAAAAGGCGGAGUUCUCUCUGAAAUCGCAACCAAAAGCAUCCUCCCUUCCCCGAAUCAGUAAUCCGAAGAAGAGGGCAAAGAAAGCCCCACUAUCAAAUUCAUGUUCCCGGCCCCGUCGUCAAUCCGAGUUUAAUGAUUUUGCUGAAAUUAAACGGUUUUGCCAGGAAUUCGAUGAAGGGAUCAGAGGAUUCAAGGUAUCUACUGGACAUGGAAUGAGCACAAACUUGUGGGUGGAUAAAUACAAACCAAAUUGUUUAGAAGAGCUUGCAGUUCACAAGAAGAAGGUAGAGGAGGUAAAGGCAUUGCUAGAAGAAAGAUUUAUCACUUCAGAGCAAAGGUUCAACAACAAUGUUAUUCUUUUUUCUGGACCAACAGGAGUUGGAAAAUCUGCAACCAUCUAUGCACUUGCUUCGCAUUUUAAAGCCACAAUAUGUGAAUGGAACACUCCAACUCCCACGAUAUGGCAAGAACAUCUUCACAACUCCAGUUCAGGGUUACGCUACACUUCGAAGCUGGAUGAGUUUGAAACUUUUGUUGACAAGAUAAGGAAGUAUGGAUGCAUUUCAUCAUCUGCUUCUGGAGGAUCUCGGGUCAUUCUCUUGAUUGAUGAUCUUCCGAUUAUAAAUGGGAAAGUCGCCUAUGGAAGACUCCGUCGGUGCUUGCAUCUUCUUGUUCAAUCUGUCACUGUUCCUACAGUCAUAUUAUUCAACGACUAUGGCAACACUGAAGCUACAGAGUAUAGCAUGCGUUACUGGGAAGAAUUGCAGCUGUUUCUUCAGGAAUCCGGGGCUUGUAAGGUGGCCUUUAACCCAAUAACUACAAAUUCCCUCAAGAAAACCCUUUUAAGAAUUUCCAGAGAGGAGCAAUGUGAAGUAAGUGCAGAGGAACUUGAGCUGAUAGCAAAGGCCAGUGGAGGUGACAUCAGACACGCAAUUACAUCUUUACAAUAUUACUUCCUCAGACCAAAUGAAGCAUCAUUCUUAAGUUUCACCAACAGUACUCCCCCUCGGCUAAAUCAAAGCCAAGAUGAAAUCACUCACUUGAGCAAUGGCCAUUUAUUACCAUUUGGCAGAGAUGACACACUCUCUCUUUUUCAUGCCUUGGGAAAAUUUUUGCACAACAAAAGGGAUAGUGAGAAGUCCAUGGCAUCAGAUAGUGAUCCAUUUAUUCUGAAGGAAAACUUUCGGAGGUUGCCUCUGAAAAUGGAUGCUCCAGAACUAAUUCUCCGUCAAGCAUAUGGACAAUCUCGCCCAGUUGCGGAUUUUCUGCAUGAAAAUGUUCUGGAUUUUAUCAGUGAGGAAGCAAUGGAUGAUGCUUGGAUUGUGGCAUCAUAUCUAAGUGAUGCUGACUUCCUCCUGGCUUCACUCAGUGGAAAGCUGAGUAGAAACUAUGAAGCUGAGAAUGUGGUUCAAUCAGCUGCUGCUUCUGUUGCUGUUAGAGGGGUGCUUUUUGGAAAUUCACAUCUUGCUCCAUCUAGGUGGCAUUCUAUUCGCCGUCCAAAGCUUUGGCAGGUGGAACAAUCUUUAUGGCACAAUAAGUCACGAAUGGUUAGCCAGAGGCACGAGGCUUACUGUGGAAUGAACUUGGUUGAUCCAUCUGUCAUUGCGACAGAAUUUCAACCCACGAUGAAAUGGAUUGGAUAUAGAGCGCCCGUAGAUCAUAAUGGCGAAAAAGCUUCCCCAGAUUGCAUGGACCUUGAUGAAAAUGUUUUGGCUAAUGAGAAUUGUAUAACAAGUGAAGACGAAAUUGAAGACUGGUAG